AUUAUGCUGAUCAGAUCCGAAACUUGCAGAAGAUAAAAGAGAAGCUUGAAAAUGCAUUAGAAAAGCAUCAGGAUUCCUCCAUGAGGAAGUUUCAGGAGCAGAAUGAAGCUCACCAGGCCAGUCGAGCCAAGAUGGCUGAAGGAAUGGCUUUAGCCUUAGAAAAAAAGGACCAGGAGUGGAUGGAAAAACUGGGUCAAAUUGAAAAGGAAAAAAAAAUGCUUGAAACGCAGUUACAAGAAAUAAGGGAGCAGAGUUUGAACCUUUUUCAAAAAAGAGAUGAAAUUGAUGAACUGGAGGGCUUUCAACAGCAGGAAAUUGCCAAAGUUAAACACAUGCUUUUGAAAAAGGAAGAAUCUCUGAGCAAAACAGAGCAGGAACUAGAGGCGUGCACUCAAGAGCUAACCCACACUAAAGAGGUGCUUCAGGAUGCAAGCAACGAGUCAUCAGGCCUAAGGAAAAAUCUUCAAGAGUUGCAGCAGCAGUUCUUGGAGCUAGAGGCACAGAGAGAUGAACUAAUGACAGCUGAGACAAAUGCAGAAAAUAAGAUCACUGCUCUGGAGUUAAGAGAACAGGAGCUACAAACUGUCAUUCAGCAGCUUUCUGUAGACUUGCAAAAUGCUCGAGUUGCUGGUUCUGGUUGUGAGAAGAGGCUGGAAACGUUACAGGUGGAGCAUGAAUCUCUGAAGCUGGAAUAUGAACAACGCAAGCAAAAGAUGACUCUUGAAUUUGCUGAGAGAAAUAAACUUACUGAACAGCUGCAGGAGAAAGUGUCUUCCUUGGAAAAGAAGCUAGAAAGAAACCUUUCAGGGGAUGAACACGUGCAGGAGCUACUCAAGGAGAAAGCUGCUCUUGAGCAGAAACUGGAUGAAACAAGGCAGCAGGUACUAACAGACAGAACGUAUCACACUGAGACUGUGAACCGAUUGGAAACACAGAAUAAAGAAUUGGAACAAAAACUACAGAUUGCAACAGAAGCAUUGAAAAAGAGCAAAGAAGCAGCUACUGAGCAGGAUCUGAAAAUCCAGAAGCUGCAAACUGAUCUAGAGGAUGAAAGAAGUAAACUACAGCAACAGAUUUUAACUGAGAAACAUCAGUAUGAUCAGAAAGUUACUGGGCUGGAGUCUCAAAUUGCUGCUCUUGAAACAGCUUGGGAAUUUGAUAAAACAACUAAUCAGCACAAGAUUAGCCAGUUGGAAAAGGAAAUUGAAAAUCUUAAUGGAAGCAGAGAAGAGUAUGAGAGUUCUUUUAAAAAACAAGAGUCUGAAUUAAACAGGCUAAAGAAUGAAUUGAGCAGCAGAGAGACUGUCAGUGUUGAAAUUGCCAAAGCACUGGAAGAAACACGAAAACAAAGAGAGGAAUUACAACAGCAGGUUUUGCAUCUGGCUUCCUUAAUAAACGAAAAAGACCAGCUGAUUGAUGAAAAAUGUGAUAUGCUUCUAAAACAGAAGGAAGAACUAAACCAACUCAGUCAAGAUCAUGAAGCUGUCUUGCUGCAAAUGCAUCAGUUGCAAUCUGACAUAGAAGCAAGUAAUAGCCGAGCAGUGGAGAAAGAAGAAACGGCAAGAAAGGAAAUUGAGGAAUGCCUGUUGGCCAGAGAACAUGAAAAAAAUGUUUCAGAACUAGAGGAAUUGACGGGAGCCUUGAACAACAAGCAUUUACAUUCUCCAGAAAACCGCGUGGUGGAACAGAAUGGAGAGGUAGCAAUUGCAGAUGUCAUUCAACUUCAGAAGGAUAACAGAGAGCUGGAACAGCAAAUUGCUGAGAAAAACAAGAUGAUAAAACAGCUACAGCAAAGAAUGACAGAACUCAAGAAAACCCUCCAGAAAGAGUUGAAAAUAAGGCCUGACAGUGAGGUACCUGAAGUACGUGAAAAAGCAAAUUCUGAAGUGCCUAAUGCUUCUGUGACUGUCACAAACAACUCUGAUUUAAAUGACUCAAGGGAGAUAAACUUUGAGUACCUUAAACAUGUUGUACUAAAAUUCAUGUCCUGCCGGGAAUCUGAGGCAUUCCAUCUAAUUAAAGCUGUAUCUGUGUUACUGAAUUUUUCACAAGAGGAAGAAAACAUGCUUAAAGAAACUUUGGAGUACAAGAUGUCAUGGUUUGGGUCAAAACCAUCUCCUAAAGGCAGUAUCCGGCCGUCUAUCUCAAGCCCAAGGACAUUGUGGCCUUAA